UAGCAACUCAAAAUUUCCUGCCAUAUCCACCACCAUCCCCUCUACAGCUGCAUUUCACAUCUUCUAAUGAACGACACACAUGCAGCCACGAUCUCGCUGAUAGAACGCCAGUUCCUACAACUCGUGCCUGCCUCGCGCUUCCAGUUCGCGCUGCCGAGUAGCGCUACCUCAGCAGAGAUCAAGUACGAUGCGGUUUGCGAUCUCGAGGUUCAGCAGGAGGUUUACUCCAGAGUUCUGGAACCGGCUGAGGGGAGAGGAAUUGCGCCUGCGUAUAUCGUCGCGAUCGUCAAGGCGAUGGUUGCUGUCAUUGAGAACGCCGGGGAAGAAGUCGACGGCGACGUCUUCAUGCUCAUGAUCAACCUCCUCCGCCACCCUACACCGCCCGUCCCUCCUCCCGGCCCGGUGACCUACAAGUUCCUCGACACCUCAAUCACAAUCACCGAGACCCGCAACCUCAUCUCCGGCUACGGCACCACCGGCUUCAGAACAUGGGAAGCCUCCCUCGCGCUCGGAGAGUACAUCAUCAGCCAACACCUGCUACCUUCCACAUCCCCAGACCGCGCACUCGACCUCUCGUCAAAACGCGUGCUCGAGCUCGGCGCGGGCACGGGAUUCGCAAGCAUCCUCUGCGCAAAACUAGGCAGCAGACUUGCCGUCGCUACCGACGGCUUUGAGGAGGUCGUUCUACGCAUGCGCGGGAUUCUGGAGAGUAAUCAGGUCGAAGAGCUCGUUGAGACGCGGGUUUAUAAAUGGGGUAAUUCGAGCGGGAUCGAGACUGGAAGUGUUCUUGAAAAGGAAAGCAGAGAGGAGGAAUAUGUCUACAACGAGCCUGUGGAUUUGAUCUUGGGAGCCGAUAUCACAUUCGAUGCCGAAGGAUGCAACCUACUCGUAUCCUCUUUCGACCAACUCGAGCGUCAGAACCCAUCCGUGCAGAUCUUGAUUUCAGCCACGAUCCGAAACGAGGAGACAAUCGCUGCAUUCGAAACCUAUCUGGCCGAGAAGAACUUUGCCUUUACCGUCAUCCCCGCCAACCCCCAUCCUAAAUGGUUCUUUUACGAUGCAGUCCCCGAGAUCCGUAUAUAUUCGCUAUAUCGAGCAACAAAAUGAUAAUAAACAAAGCAAGAUUAGCAACCCAGAUCAUUGAGACGAUGCAGAUCUGGAAAGGUUGAUAGCCGCCGUCCGAGACUCGACUGCUUUCCCAACCGCUUCUCUCACGCGAGGAUGACUUCGCAGUUUCUGCUCCACAAGCUGCU